AUGCUGGGCCAGGCUGCGGCCAUGCAAGAGAUAUUUCGCGCUAUCGGUCGGCUCUCGCACAGCACUAUCACUGUCCUUAUCAAUGGCGAAUCUGGCUCCGGCAAAGAACUCGUCGCACGGGCCCUGCACAAACACUCGCCUCACGCCAAAGGCCCUUUCAUCGCCAUCAACACGGCGGCCAUUCCAAAAGACCUGCUGGAAAGCGAGCUCUUUGGACAUGAAAAAGGCUCUUUCACCGGUGCGCAAGCCCAACAAAAAGGGCGUUUUGAGCAGGCCGCAGGUGGCACGCUCUUCUUAGAUGAAAUUGGCGACAUGCCCCUAGAAAUGCAAACACGCCUGCUGCGCGUGCUCUCUGAGGGCCAGUUCUACCGCAUAGGUGGCCAACAAAGCAUCAAAGUCCAGGCGCGCAUCAUCACUGCCACCCACCAAGACCUGAGUAAACGGGUACAAGAAGGCAGUUUCCGCGAAGACCUGCUCCAUCGCCUCAACGUCAUCCGCUUACAACUGCCUGCGCUGCGCGAGCGCACGGAAGACAUCCCACUGCUUGCAGCCCAUCUAAUGCAGCAAGCUGCGCAAAAACUGGGCAUACCGGCCAAAACCCUCGCCCCCGAAACCAUAGCCUGCCUCAAGGAAUUCUCCUUUCCUGGCAAUGUGCGCCAACUCGAAAACCUCUGUCACUGGCUCACCGUCAUGGCUCCUGGAAAAAUCAUACAGCUGCAUGAUUUACCAGAAGAAAUACGGUCCACAUACGGUCCUACAAGCGAACCGGCGGCGACACCCCCCCACACUGAAACUGCCACCACUGCA